AUGACAAGGAUCUCAAAUGUGGACUCGGAUGACUACUACCAGGUGCUGGGCCUGCCUCGAGAUGCAAGCAACAGCGAGGUGACCAAGGCCUAUCGAAAGCUCGCGCUGCAGUACCACCCUGACAAGCAGCAGGAGAACAAGAGCGACUCCGAGGCCAAGUUCAAGCAGAUUUCAGAGGCCUACGAGACGCUGCAUGAUCCGGAGAAGAGAACGACAUAUGACAACUUCGGCAAGCAUGCCAUGCAGCAAGACUUGCCCAAAGGCACCAAGAACAGCCGCAUCAGUGCGGAGGAGAUCGACUUCCUUUUUGGCUUCCCGGGUGGCCGGCUGCCCGGCUGCAGCGACAAGCUCUUCGGAGGCUUGGGAAAGGAGCUCGACCUUGAACAGCUCUACUCGGCGGUCAACUCCGACGUCUGCCAGCGCAAGCGCCAGCGAAAGACCCAACCGAGCCCAACCUCGAGGAACCCAUUCGCUCUUCCUCGUGGGAAGAUGGUGACCGUUCAUGGGCUGGUUGAGGCGGUGGAGCACAACGGUAAGAAGGCGCAGGUCUUGGGCUACGAUGCCGCGAAAGGUCGGUAUGACGUGAAGAUGCGGAGCGACGGUCCCGUGAUCUGUGUCAAGCCAGAGAACCUCACUCAGCACUGUGGGAUGACGGUUCAGGGCCUGACGGCUCAGCCACACCUGAAUGGGCAGACUGCCGACAUCAUGGGCUUUCAGCCAGACUCAGGAAAUUACAUGGCCAUUCUGCGCAAAAGCUCCAAAAUGAUCUACAUCUCGCCGAGAAACUGCAUCCUGGAUGGCGGAACGUGCAUCAGGCUUCGGGGCCUCAGUGCCGAGGAGCUCAACGGGCAACUGGCUCGUGUUCUCGAAGCAGACCUAGAUGCCGGGCGUUACCGUGUACAGUGUCGUGACGGUCAGGAAAUUCGAGUCAAGUACGAGAACGCGCUGUGCUGA